AUGUGGAAUGUUCAGCAGAUAUUUUCCAAACGAGAUUUGAAAUGUAUGAGCCUAUACUUGACGGAUUCGCCAAACAUUAAGAACCUGAAUAUAGCUAACGUCAGUGUGAGGAGGACUAUCCGAUUGGCGGCUUGUUUGGCGAUGUUCGGAUGCGCGACCACCUCGCGGACGUCGACCCUUCUGGUUGGCAUACUUCGCUGGUGGUUCAUUCGGAACCGGAUUAGCAGGAAGAACUGGUCCUCUGAGCAUUCGAUCGUCAAGCCAUGAUGGUUGUUGGUUCAAUGUCACCAAUGUUGUUGUUGCAUAAGGUGAAGGGUCGUCCCGGUAGUAAUUCCCGUAGAAAGUGCUGAGCGUAGUUCCAUGUCCACCUGCCAGCUGCGCGUAGUGGUAGUGGUGUUCAGAGCCUGA